AUGCAGGCUCUCCUCUUUCUGUUAGCGCUCCUCGCCCUCUCCGCCUCCUGUCCCCCGAACUGCCUAUACUGUCUUGAGCAGUCCUCCUGCUCGGCGUGCAAAAAAGGUUAUCUUCUCACCAUCAAUGCCACAUGCAUGCUCAGGAGCGUUCCCAACUGCCGAAUCCAGCUCAACGCCUCGUCCUGCUCAGUCUGCGAGCCUACCUUUCUGGUUAGUGGCGGAAAGUGCGUGAAGGAUACUUCAGGCUGUGUGGUUCGCAAUUCUGCAGGUGCUUGCCAGUAUUGCUGGUGCUCCAGGUGCCUCAACAAUUUCGCCCCAAACGCGCUGGGAAUAUGCAUCAGCUCCAAUUGCGCCACCUUCACAGAAGGAACUUGCGUGAAAUGCGACCCAGGAUUCACCCUAUCUCCAGCCAAUCUAUGCAUCAAACCUAUUACACCGGCCCCAGCUCAGCCAGUCACGCCCACAGCUCAGACAGCUCCAGCGCAAAAUAGUCAAAAUAACCCAAAUAGUCAAAUUACUCCAAAUAAUCCUCCUGCUCCAGCUACUCCAGCAUCUUCUUCAAGCUUGAUAAUAGGAUGCGAUUUAGCAAUUAAUGGCCUAUGCGUCCGAUGCGGUACUAACUUUUUCCCCAACAACAAGGGCGGUUGCAAGCGAGUCAUCAUCGGCUGCAUCACCUACGACGCAGCUGAGCUCAACUGUGUCCAGUGCAUCCCCAUCUACACGCAAACCUCAGACGGAGGAUGCCUCUACCAGCCGACGCCACCCCCCAAUCCCGCUCCUGCUCCUCAGCAGACUGUUUCUCCACAGACAAAUAGUCCAAAGUCAGCAUCCUCUUCCCCUGCUCCAGUUGCUCCUGUAGCUCCUCCUGUGCCUACUCCUGCGCCAGUUCCCAUUUCGACUAUCGAUCAAAACUGUCUGGUGAGGAACAAUGGCUCUUGCGCAAUCUGCAAGGUGAGGUUCGUGCUUAACCUCUACAACUUUUCCUGCCAGCCGGUUCCCAAGGAGUGUCUCACAUACAACUCUGCCACUGGAGACUGUCUUUCCUGCGCGCAGGGCUUUAAUCUCUUCCAGAUCUGGUGCCUUGGUCGCUUCAACCAGACUGAUCCCAACUGCAUCAUCAAGGACAUCAACAACUAUUGCACCACCUGCCAGCAGCAGUUCUACCAGAGCCAGGGCCGCUGCUUUCCCCUAAACACGCAGUGCAAAACGGCUAAUAUCAUAGGAGGAGACUGUCUUUCUUGUUACUCUGGCUACAUAGUGAUCGACGGAGCGUGCGUGCUGCUGAGCCAGCAACCAAGCUGUCUCCAGUACGAUUUCCAGUCUAAUUGCGUAAGAUGCGCACAAAGAUACUUCCUGCAGUCGCUUAUCUGCGUGCCAGUUAGUCCGCUCUGCAACAACUACAACGCACAAACCGGCGUCUGUAUCGACUGCGUGGCAGGCUAUGGCAUUUCGAGCGUGACCAACAACUGUGAGACGGUGCGUGCGCCUGUGCCCAACUGCCAGACUGCAGAUCCUGUCGGAAAUUGUCUUUCCUGUCUCAACAGAUUCUACUUCAACACCUCCAACGCCUGCCUGCCAGUGAAUCCGCUCUGCUCGAAGUAUGUGGCGGUGGGAGGGAAGUGUCUCGCCUGCUUCACCGGACACAACUUGCUGUCUGACAGCUCAUGCGUGAGGACCAAUCUGGCUACUGGGUGCAACGCUGCCAAUGCAAAUGGCUUGUGCUCAGCCUGUUCUGGACAGUAUGUGCUGACUGCUUCUGGGAGCUGCUUGUGGCGGGAUACCAACUGCCUGGGAUACGACGAUAGUGGCAACUGCAACAGGGAUGCACUUCUGGUUACUACAUUUCUGCGGGAAACUGUCUGCUUGCUGACCAACUGUGCCGAACUUUCGAUACCUCCAAUGGGAAUUGUCUCACCUGCUAUAGUGGAUAUCGUUUGUACCAAAAUAAGUGUUUCCUCGAUAAUCCCAUUUUCAACUGUAAACAAUUCAGCGGAUCCAACUGCGUCGUCUGCUAGGCUGGAUACUCUGUAA